AUGGAGGACUUUGGAAACCAGGAUCAGAAUGACAAAUAUAACAUACUUUUAUCACCAUUUGCCAGUGGUUGGUCGGUGUGGAGUGAAUGGAGCCUGUGCAACGAGGAAGACACACAGUUCCGCAGUCGCCGAUGUGAAACUCUGAGUCCAGGGGCAAUGCAAUGUGUGGGGAACGGCACCCAGUUUCGGCCGUGUCUCUAUAAUGAAAUUCCAGUGAUCCAAUCAGCUAUUGGGAGUGAUAGCAGCUGUGGAGCCUUUAGUGUCUACCACCUGAUUGCCACUGGAGUUUCCUGCUUCCUGGGUGCUACCCUCAUCACCCUGCUAAUCUAUGCGUACUGCCAGCGAUGUCACAGACAAUCUCAGGAGUCCACUGUCAUUCACCCGACCACUCCCAACCAUCUGAAUUACAAAGGAAGCAGUCAGGGUAACAAGAAUGAACUGUACAAUCCAAUGGAAAUCAAGACGCUGAACAAAAACAAUUUGAUUCCUGAUGACCGAAGCAACUAUUUCUCCUCCCUGCAGCAGACCAAUGUGUACACCACAACGUACUACCCCAGCACCCUGAAUAAAUAUGACUACCGACCUGAAUCCUCAUCCGGUAGAACCUACACCUAAGACGCUCCAAGUGGACUUCUCCUGGAAAGAAAUCAGAAAAGGACUCUGCUCACCCAGUCCCCGGCACACCGCGAGUGAACCUGUAACCAUAGCAACCACCCGUAGUCGAGUCAUAACCAGUCCAAAUUUCGUGGAGUCAGUCCUUCAUUAAAAGAUUUGCACUUCUUCGAAGCCCACAGGUCAGCCAUCGAGACUUGUUUAUGACUUAAAAGAAACUUCGUCAGCUACGGAUUUUGUGUUUUCUUCUUCUUCCGUCAUGGACCCCCUGACAAGAAAGACUGAGCGAUGCUUCAUUUUUAUUUUGCGGGGAGGGGGAUAAAGAAAGACAUUGGCGGAGACAAGAUGGCCGCUGCAGUGGCCAAACAAGACAGGUAGUUGCCACCCAGCGAUGUGUCACCUCUUGUGAAACUAGAUUUGCUGAGGAUUUCUUCACAUUGGCACUACAGGUGGCUCUCAGAAUGUGACCGUAGCAUCUAGGUAUCAGAAAUACUCCUGCGCUACUGAGGAAUCGUUAUUUUUUAUUGUCAUUUGAAAGUUUAUGUCCUUCUUCUCUGUUACCCACCCCCAACCUCCACUUCGGUAUUAAUUUUCAGAUGUGGAACCUAACAUUGGCAAAAUGUAGCCGUAUUUACAGAAACCGUCUGUUUGGUUUAAUAGCUCCAUUACUCCAUUUUAUUUGCUGCACCCAAACCUCCCGCCACUCUAUUUCAUUCGUCAACAGUUCAAAAAAAAACACAUCGAAAUGUUCUUUAUUUUUUUAAAUUGAUUUUUUUCUUAUUGUGCUCCUUGCCUCGUUUUCAGGCUCGUUUCAUUGUUUCUACUACUUCUGUCCCCGUGUGCAUUCCCAGGAUUGGCAUUUUGGCACUUCCCACUGAUUGGUAAAAUUUGCAAAGUGGUUAACCGACAGAUGGUGAACAGAGAGGCUAACAAUGGUCCUAUUUACGGUUAAUGGGGACCAGGUUUAUUUGAGUGCAAAAUCCAGCAAAAAAACUGUUAAAUUAAUUUGGGCGCAGCCCUCUGGUGAUUCAACUCUGUUCAUUCAAUGCACCCUGGUUUGGAUAUGCUUCAUAUUUUUAUAAUCAGCAGAUUUAAGUUGCUAUUUCACCAUAAUUUCAUCUGCUCCAUUGGAAUCUGUAUCUCAAAGGAAUUAUUCUAAAGUGCAAGAAUGUUAGUGAAAUGGGAAAAGGAACCAUUUGUUGCAGCGACAGAGAAUUCUUCAAAUGUCAGUGUAGCUAAAAAUGAGAUUGUCCUGGUUGUCCUCCCUGUAUUCUCCUUAGCUUCUGAAUUGUCCCAACACAACUGUCCGAUCCUUUACAAAGAGAGCACCAGAGUGAACAACAAGAUGUUGGCUAUAUUUAGGGUAAGGGCUUAUUGAGGAUUCUUUGAGAUGGUAAGGCCCAGGUAUGUUGUUUUCAGUGUGAGCUGGGAUUUGUCCUCAUCCUCCCCGAGAUGCUUCGAUAGUGAUGCAGAAAAAUCAAAAACCUUCCCUUUAUUCCUUCGUCGCUCUCAUCCUGAUGAGCUCAGCUGAACAAGAGUUCUGUUGAAAGUUUACUGAAAGUCAUUUCGGGAGCUGGACAGUGUCUUGAGCUCUGACUAAAACCUCCCAAGUAAAAAGAGAAAUUUUGCUUCUUAACCUGUGGCUAAUGCUCUCGCAUAUCAGAUACCACUUCGACCCCCUGUGGCAUGUUACCUGUGUUUGAUGCCUGUUGGGUUACAGUUGGAAGCUUUGCCAAUGUUAUAAUGGUGUAACUGACCAACACUGAGAGGGGAUGCCAGUCAGUCCUUCUUUCUACAGGAAUCUCUGCUGCCCCUUACGUUUGAGCCUGAAUUUCUGGUCAUCCAUUACAAUGUAAACCAAUUCUCACAUAACGAAUCAACCAACUGGGUUCUCGUGAAGAGGAGAGUUCUUAAUUUUCCCAGAUGAUGACGACGUGUUUACACAUGGGAAGGCAGCUAUAAAGUUACCUGCACCAAGGUACACGUAAAAAGCUAAAAGAGUUGUUUGCCAACCGUGAUGGCUUAUUCCCUCUUAACAAAAACACCUGCGUUUUAUACCAUAGCUGUUAGAUUUCCAAGUUGGAUUUUUCUCGCAUGGCUGUGAUCUGCUGGCAGUACUUGCACAAGAUACAAAAAGAUGUAUUAAGGGGAAUUUGUUCGGUGAAUCUGCCCUAGACUGCACAUAAAUGCCAUUUUGAAGUAACCUGAGCCAAGGAACUAUCAAUGCAGAUGAGAAGCUAAACCUCACAUCAAUGUUUUCAAGACUGUAGAUUGCCUCACCCCAACCAGGCUCCCAUCUUAUUUCCGUAAGUCUGUCCAUCCCCACAGUCCUGUGCACUCCUCCAUCUCUGGUCUCCAGUUGCGUUCCCUUUGAUAGUCUUUUCAUCUUUGUAGGACAUGCCUGCAGUUGCCUGGGCCUUAAGCUACUCCUCACUUCUUUGUUUCUCCCCCUCUCUUCCUUUAAGACACUCCUUAAAGUCUACCUCUUUGACCAUAAUAUAGUCAUCUGACCUACUGCCUCCUUACGUGACUCAAUGUCAAAUUUUGUUGUGAUAACACUCCCAUUGAGUGGCUUUGGAAGUUUUAUUUUUUGGCAAAUGUGCUAUGUAAAUGUAAGUUGUUGUACUGAAGUGGAAAUAUUUUUCCCAUCAUUGUCCUACUUUUCCUGGAUUAUCAGGAACUGUGAACUGCUGCCUCUAAGUAGAACAUGGAUUGUGUAAAGUGAGUAUUAACAUAGUGCAAGACUGUGAAAUA